AUGAAGGCACUGGACAAGUACCUGAACCAAGCCCAGAGCCAUCUGAAGGCGCUGGAGAACCUGAGCCAACCCAAGAUCCAUAUGAAGGCACUGGACAAGUACCUGAUCACAGCCAAGAGCCAUCUGAAGGCGCUGGAGAACCUGAGCCAACCCAAGAUCCAUAUGAGGGCACUGGACAAAUACCUGAUUACAGCCAAGAUCCAUCCGAAGGCACCGAACAAGCAACUGAGCCAACCCAAGAUCCAUAUGAGGGCACUGGACAAAUACCUGAUUACAGCCAAGAUCCAUCCGAAGGCACCGAACAAGCAACUGAGCCUACCCAAGAUCCAUAUGAAGGCACUGGACAAGUACCUGAUUACAGCCAAGAUCCAUCCGAAGGCACUGAACAAGCACCUGAGCCUAACCCAAGAUCCAUAUGAGGGCACUGGACAAGUACCUGAUUACAGCCAAGAUCCAUCCGAAGGCACCGAACAAGCAACUGAGCCUACCCAAGAUCCAUAUGAAGGCACUGGACAAAUACCUGAUUACAGCCAAGAUCCAUCCGAAGGCACCGAACAAGCAACUGAGCCAACCCAAGAUCCAUAUGAGGGCACUGGACAAGUACCUGAUUCGGGCCCAAAGCUAUAUUGA